AUGAAGCAUCUCUCAGUUUCUAACUGGUUAACUCAACUGGGACUCCCAGAGUACUAUACUCUUUUUGAUGAACAGUAUGAUGAGGUAGAGGACUUACUCCACUUGACAGAAGCUGAGCUUAAGAACCUGGGAAUUGAGAAUCAAGUCCACAGAACACUCAUCAUUUCUAACAUCUUUCUCCUUCAGGAAGCAGAAAGAAAGAGAGAAUUAAGAAUGAUAGCAGCUGGGAAAUUUGCAAGCCUCCCAAGAAAUGUGCCGAUGAAUCAUGAGUUCUCGCUGGCCUCUUCUAUGGAUCUUUUGAGCAGCAAACCAUCUCUGGCUGAACAUCGCUCCAAUACUUGUCAAGAUGUUUCUAUCCAUGGCACCCUUCCAAGGAAGAAAAAGGGGACUGUUUCUGUUAGAUCCUGUGAUGUCUUUAGCCACAUAGGAACCUUGCCUUACUCUAAAGGACAUCGACCCCAGGGGACCUUGAUUCAAGAUGUCAUAGAGGAGUAUCCCCUACAAAACUGGAAGACUGACAGCUUCCAAUGCAGAGAACAGAUUGCUGUGGACCCACCUAUGGAGUAUGUAAAGUUUUCGAAGGAGAGGCAGAUUAUGGACAGUGCCCCAGAAAAACUGAAGAAAGAGCUGGAAGAGGAGCUGCAGCUGAGCAGUGAAGACCUGCGCAGCCAUGCCUGGUACCACGGACGGAUUCCACGGCAGCUGGCUGAAAGCCUCAUUCAGAGGGAUGGAGAUUUCUUGAUUCGGGACUCUCUCUCCAGCCCUGGGAACUUUGUCCUUACCUGCCAGUGGAAGAACAUCUCUCAGCAUUUCAAGAUCAUCAAAACGAUGCUGAGGCUUAACGAAGCUUAUUGUCGUGUUCAGUACCAGUUUGAAGAUGAAAGUUUUGACAGCAUCCCUGGCCUCAUUCGGUGUUAUGUGGGAAACCGUCAGCCGAUAUCCAAGCAGAGUGGAGCAAUUAUAUUUCAGCCCAUCAACAGGACUGUUCCCUUGAGGUGUUUGGAGGAAAAAUAUGGUGUCUGUCCAGUGCGACAAAGAGAGAGCAGCACUCCUGAAGGAAAAGUAGAACCUCCCAAGAGACUCAGCCUUAAUAUGUGCAGUCGGCAGGCCCAGGAGCAGAAUUCAAACCAAGGAAACCUUUUGAGAAACAAGGAAAAGAGUGGCAGCCAUCCAGCAUGUUUGGAUCACAUGCAAGAGAAAAAAUUCCCUCUAAAGGCCCACCAGUCAGAAAGUUACCUGCCAAUAGGUUCAAGGAAUCCAGCUCAGGGAACUGAAGCUGAAUUAAGCCCUUGCCCAAAGUCUCCAGCAUACAGAACUGGCAGUGAACCUGCUCUGAGCCCGUUGAUGUUUCGCAGAUUUGCCUCCGAAUUGCAAAUCAAUGAUACUCUCAGGGGUUCGGACAGCCAGCUGUACCCUCGGCCUCCACCCAAGCCCAGUAAAGCGCCCUUUAUGAGGCCGCCGCACUGUUCAGAAGUGCUCUAUUGUGAACUUAACACGCCUGUUCCCACAGACAGUAGCAUGACAAAGCAACCUUUAUGUCAGAAGAAUAGCUUUGUAGAGCAUCUGACAGCUAAGGAGAAUGGGAUGCAUUCAUCCAGGAAUUCGGAAACAAGCUACUUGAUCCUGGGCGACACUGAUUCUUUGUGCUCUGUGGAUCCACAAACAACCCAGACUGAAAUGGGCAAAGAGAGCAGCAUAUUUGUCACACCCGUUCUUGAGAUGGUCUCCAGUUUCAGGCCGAAUGCUUUUGAGUCCAAACUGCUCCCCCCAGAAAACAAGCCCCUGGAGAUGGCAAUGUUAAAAAGGGUGAAGGAACUGCUGACAAACAAUGAUGCAAAGAUUAUUGCUCUGCAUAUACUGAGAAUGGAUUGCAAGGUUGCUAGGAUACUAGAGGUCUCUAAAGAGAUGAAGAGGAGCAUGGGAGUGAAUUCAGGCCUGGAACUGAUUACAUUGCCAUUUGGCCACCAACUGCGCCUGGACAUAAUUGAAAGACACAACACCAUGGCAAUAGGAAUAGCUGUCGAUAUUCUAGGCUGCACAGGAAACUUAGAAGAGCGAGUUGCUACUUUGAAUCGGAUUAUCCAAGUAGCUGUGGAACUCAAGGACUCCACGGGGGAUCUGUAUGCCUUCUCAGCUGUGAUGAAAGCCCUGGAAAUGCCUCAGGUCACCAGGUUGGAGCAAACAUGGACCACUUUGAGGCACUGUUACACUCAGACAGCCAUCAUGUAUGAGAAGCAACUGAAACCGUUCAGCAAAGCCUUACACGAAGGAAGAGAGACAACUUGUGUUCCGCAAAACAUCAUCACUAUACCCCUACUGGUGCCUUUGGUUACUCUGCUGGAACGACAAGCGGUUGUGUUUGACGGGAUGGAUGUUUGGGAGAACACUGACCAAAGCUGUGAAAUCAUGUUAAAGCAUUUAGCGACCGCUCGCUCAAUAGCACAAAAUGCCAACCUGUACAGCACGAAUGCAGAACGGAUCCUCCACGGUUUUCAGCCAGAUGAUGAGAUGAGCGAGGUCUUCAAAACGGAAUUCCAAAUGAGAUUGCUCUGGGGCAGCAAAGGAGCGCAGGUUAACCAAAGUGAAAGAUACGAGAAAUUCAACCAGAUUUUAACUGCACUCUCCCGAAAAUUAGAACCUCCUCUAACAAAGCAGCCUGAGCAGUGAAGUAUCUAAUGGACAUUCCACUACAGGCGAUUCAGUAUAACUGCUCAGCAAAAAAAAAAAAAAACCUGUAAAACAGGUACUGCUCUAAAUAUUUUAUUUUCCCAGUUUAAAAAAGGCUAGGAGGUGGGACAGCAAAAUGUUUUCCGACACUUCCUUACCUUAUGUAGCUUAUCCUGCUCGCUAUUUGUGUGCUACUGUAUUCAUGCUUUUAAAAAGACUGGGCCAUCUAUGGCAACAGUGAUCACAGUGGUACAUGGCCAAAUUUGCAAACAUGACCAUAUCAUGAAUCCAAUUGUUUUCUGAACUAGUAGUAUCUCCUCUUUGUCCAAAUAGUUCCAUCUCCUUUUGGAGGAAACACUGAAAAAACAGGAUUGAAGAGGCACACUUUUGUGCUGUCUGUGAAAAAUGCACACACACCAUCUUUUGGUACAGCCUAUUGUUAUGUGAAAUUCACAGGGCCUUUCAAAUCUGUAAAGUGCACAAUGUGCAUUUAUUUAUAAAUUGUUUGAUAAGAAUGACUACUGAUUUAUAAAGGAUUAACUAUUUAUUUGUUAUGGACUUUACCUUUUAGUUAUGUAUUGAAAUGCUGUCCACAGCAUAAAAGCAGUGCUUACAGUUCUUUUACUAGAUUGUUUACUCUUGUAUCAAAUAAUGUUAUUAACAAAUGUAAAUAUGAAUACAGGUUAAAUGAAUAGCUUUGUAGAAGAUAUCAGUUGUAUGAUAUCUUUUGAAUGGAUAUGGAAAAUUGUACAUACUCUUGUCAAUUAAAGUAUAUCUAUGUGAAAAAUAA